GCAGAACGAGGCGCGCCCGGCUUCCGGCCCGGAAGAGGCGGUGCGACCGAGGCCCCGUCGGGCCAGUCGCGCCGCUUCCGCCGGACUAGUCCCAGCCAAUCCGGCUCAUCUGAGCCAAUCCCGGCGCGCGCCGCGGGCGCCGGCCCAUUGCAGCCAAUGGGAGGUCCGGGCGGCCCGGCUGCGCUGGGGGUGGUGGCGGCGGCGGGAAACGCGGCGAUGGCGGGCAGGCGCGGCGCUCUCAUCGUGCUGGAGGGUGUGGACCGUGCGGGGAAGAGCACGCAGAGCCGCAAGCUGGUGGACGCGCUUUGCGCCGCGGGCCACUGCGCCGAGCUGCUGCGCUUCCCGGAAAGAUCAACUGAGAUUGGCAAGCUUCUGAGUUCCUACUUGGAAAAGAAAAGCGAGGUGGAAGAUCACUCGGUGCACCUGCUGUUCUCUGCGAACCGCUGGGAACACGUAUUACCUCACGGCUGGCUUCCUGAGGCCGCCUCCCGAUCUGCACUCUUCCUCUUCUCUCCCGUCCCAGCGGCCUGCUCUCCGGAAAGGCUGCCCCACCUUGGACUGAGGGAUGCCAGUGGACGGACGUUCAGGUGGUUGUGCCUUGUUCCCUCUCACAGGCCGCUAAUUAAGGAGAAGCUGAGCCAGGGCAUCACCCUGGUCGUGGACAGGUACGCCUUUUCUGGGGUCGCCUUCACCAGCGCCAAGGAGAAUUUCUCCCUGGACUGGUGCAAGCAGCCAGACGUGGGCCUCCCCAAACCGGACCUGGUUGUGUUCCUGCAGCUGCAGCUGGCAGAGGCCGCCGCGAGGGGCGAGUUCGGCCGUGAACGCUACGAGAGCAGCCCUUUCCAGCAGCGGGCCCUGCAGUGCUUCCAGCAGCUCCUGGGAGACUCCAGUCUGCCCUGGAAGUCGACGCCUCCAGGAGCAUCGAGGACGUCCACCGGGAAAUCCGCGUGCUGUCUGAGGGUGCUAUCCGGGCCGCUGCACACAGGCCGCUGGGGCAGCUGUGGACCUAGAGGGACGGGACCCCCGUCUGCCGCAAGGCAGGAGCCGCGUGUGCACAGUGUGCGGGGGGCGAAGCGGGACCCCCCAGGGAGUGGCCUGCGGGGAAGCCUCUCCUGCCCUCACCUGUGCCCCGAAGAUACUAAUAAAUUAGUUAUUGUGUUUCGCUUACUGGAGUUUCACAAUGACUGUGUCCAGGCAGUUCCAUCAGGGUCGCUGACCUCCUCGUGGACGUCUUCAGACACCAGUAAAGAUGAAAUGAAAACAGUUGUGGGCAGCCCCGGGCCCAGCAGGCAUCAGCCGUGCCUGGGCUCUGAGCGCCGGCCUGACCAGUCUGUGUCCGAGUGGCAGCGUCGCUAUCUGAGCACGCCCAGUGCUCGCUCUGCUGUUCCCUCUGUUAAGGUCUGAAAUGCAGGUGUGUAG